CUCUUCCAAAUCUUGAUCUGAUUCUCUUGGAGCUACGAUUUUUGCAGUGGUUUAGGGGGGAUCGUCGGGGAUGGCCGUCGAUACGAUGGGGUACGGGAAAAGGGAUGAACAGGCGGCCGUCCUGGAGGCGGCGGCCGUCGGGCUUCGCAGCUUGGAGCGCCUCGUAUUCCAGCUCUCCCACCAGCAGUCGUCGCCGGAUUGCCUCGAAAUUGCGGAUCAGACGGUGUCGAGGUUCAAGCAGGUGAUCUCCGUCCUGAAUCGGACCGGCCACGCCCGCUUUCGUCGCUCAUCUUUCCUGUCGUCUCUCACCGGCGGCGACGGCAGCGUGACCGGCAAGUUGUGCCCGGGACCCUCUGUUCUCGUCCCCGCAGCCGCCGGAGCAGCGGUCGUUCCUUCAGCUGGGAAGCCGCCGCUCGCGUCCUGCAACAAGCGAAAGCAAGGGGCCGACCAUUCCCACUCCGCCAGCGACUUCAAGGCGGCCGCCUCCGCCGGGCGCUGCCACUGCACGAAGAAAAGCAAGAAGAACCGUGACAAAACUACCGUGCGCCUCCCGGCGAUAAGCUCGAGGAACGCGGACAUCCCGGCGGACGAGUACUCGUGGCGCAAGUACGGGCAGAAGCCCAUCAAGGGCUCGCCUUACCCUAGGGGCUACUACAAGUGCAGUAGCGUUAAGGGCUGCCCUGCUCGGAAGCACGUUGAGCGGGCGCCCGACGACCCGGCGAUGCUCAUCGUGACGUACGAUGGGGAGCACCGGCACGGCCAGAUUAAGACCUUCGUGGAGAAGCCGUCCGGUUGACCUUCCCCUCGUCGUUUACCGGUUCAUCUCCGCCGGCGACUACUACUCCUCUUUUUUUUAUUUUAGGGUCGUUUGACUUGUAAAGAAAGAAAGCGAACGUGGAAUGUAGACUUUUUGACCGACAACGAAAUGCUCGGCUGUUUUUCGACCUUUA